CAUGGGGGCGGCUGCCGGCGGGGCCGCCCAUGACGGGGCUGUGGCCGCGGCGCCGCUGGAGCCCGGGCGCGGGCUGUCCCUGCCGGGGGGGGCUGGGAGCUCUGCGGCGUCCCAGGACAAGCUCUUCUUAAUCAAAGGUGGAAUUUUUCUAGGUACUGUUGCCACAGCUGGAAUGAUAGCAGGUUUUGGCACUACACUUGCAAUGACAAAAAAGAAGAACCCAGACUGGUUCAGUAAGGGGAUUACUGCCACAGCUGCACUACCAGAGAGUGGUUCAUCACUGGCCUUACGAGCCCUAGGGUGGGGCUCACUCUAUGCAUGGUGUGGAGUUGGACUGCUGAGUUUUGCUAUCUGGAAGGCUCUGGGCGUGCACAGUAUGAAAGAAUUCCGAAGUAAGAUGCAGUCAAUCUUUCCAGCAAUUCCUAAAAAUAGUGAGUCCAGUGUUGAAUGGGAAAACUUACUUAAAUCCAAGUGAAAGACUCAGAGCUAUUUGGAGAUGUCUCUUCCAGCAAGAACAGGAGCGGAAGUAGCAGAAAUGUCCCCUCUGGAAAACAAAGAAGACUCAAACUGAGCAAGCUACUGACUGAGUGCACUAAACCUGGGAAUGCCAGUUAACAUCCAAGAGCAAGGGAAUUCAAACCAGUUUAUACUGUACUUUUCAGCGUGUUUGGUAUAGUUGAUUCAGGAGAAAAUGAACCCUCCAAGAUAAGUUGGAUUCAACUGGAAAAAAAGACUUUUUUCAAAGACUUAGAGAAGAAACUAAUCUUGAUUAGUAAAUAUAUGAAUAUAAUCCCAGUAAACUCCUGUCCCAUCCUGCAUUUCAAGAAGAAUUUUAUUAUAUUUCCCUAGGAAACAAGAACAGUACUUCCAGUGACUUGUCCUAUUAGGAAUAUAUAUAGCCAUCAAGUCAAUCAUAACAGAUCUCUUGCUGAGCCUGAGGGUAAAGCAUAUAGUGCACUCUUCAAAAAUGAAGGACAUAUUUGAAUUUGCAACAGAAAAAGUGUCUAAAUCAUUUUUAUAUGUCUGAAGGGUAAGUUUGAAACCAAAUAUGCAAUUAGGGACCUAUGAGCUCUACCGCAGAGCAUCAAAAGAGAUCUCUACAAAGUUCACUGUUUUCUGAGUAUUAACUUUUAAAAAUUUGAUCCCACAAUAAUGAUUCUGAUCAUGCAUAUAAAAGUCUCUACUAUAUUUGUUUAUCAAUUGAAAUAGUAAGUGGAAAAGCUAUAAAAUAGUGAGACACCCAGUCAGUCCUACGCAAAUGUUUUCAGCUAAGAAAGUGUAUGGGCAGGACUAAUUUUGUGUGUUCCAGUCAUUUCUGUGCCUCUUCUAUCAGGAGAAGCAAUGUGACAUUUUCCACACUGCAGUAAUCUCAUAAAGUGUGGGUGUAAACUAGAAAGAGUAAUGUCUUACUCAAGUGUUGUAUUUACAGAAUUGAAGAUAUGUAAAACUGCAGAAGUAAAAAAAAGUGCUAUCAGUGAACUGCCCUUUGUUACUCAGUUACCAGAUUUUCUUAUUACUUGCACAAAGUCCAGUUAGUAAGUUGUCAGAUUUAAUAAAGUCUUUUUAAAACUUGUCUUUUGUGAUUUAAGUCUUUAUGUUCCUAGGAAAGAAUAUAAAAAAAGUUUUAAAUGUUGGAUGAAUAAUAGAGAAGUGUAUUUUUCCUAUGAAACAUGACACUAAAAUAAUACCUUUAAAACAAUUGAAGUGUAAUAGUUGACAUCUUUUCUAGAGCUUGAUGCUUGUAAUUCAAUAUUAAAUAAAUUGUGGUGAAUACUGCCAUCAGACACACAUGAAAAAUGGUACUAUUUUAGCAAUUUUUUUAGUUUCAUGUGAGUAGUGAUACUUGUUUUUCCUACAUUUAAGCAUAUUAGUGCUACCUACCAAGUUUAACCAGCUACCAGGUAGCUGUGUCAUUAUGGCUGGUCAAAUACUCAAGUGGACUAAAUAAAUGCAAGUUGCAUUAUUUCUCUAA